GAAGAUCAGUUUAGCCCCAGCAACGCCACCUGUCAGUGUCCAUCAGUGCCAGCUCUCAGUGCUCAUCCAUGCCACCUGCCAGUGCCCAUCAGUGCCACAUCAGUGCCACAUUUCAGUGCCCAUCAGUGCCACAUCAAUGCCACAUAUCAUUGCCCCUCUGAGAUGCCUUUCAGUGUCACCCAUCAGUGCCAGUCAGUGCCACCUAUCGAUGCCAUCAGUGCCACCUAUCAGUGCCAGUCAGUGCCGCCUAUCAGUGUGCAUCAGUGCCGCCUAUCAGUGCCCAUCAGUGCUGCCUACCAGUGCCGCCUAACAGUGUCAGUCCGUGCCGCCUAUCAGUGCCAGUCAGUGCCAUCUAUCAGUGCCAUAUAUAUCAGUGCUGCCUUUCAGUGCCCGUCAGUGAUGCCUGUCAAUGCCCAUCAGUGCAACCUACCAGUGCCUCCUCACCAG